AUGGGUGAUAUUAACAAUGGCUCUACUACAUUAACGUAUGAAUACAGACGCGCGUUGCGAUCCGAAGACAUACUGACCCAGACGGUAUGCCUCACUGUCAGCUCGUGUUGUGUUGGAAUGCGCCUGUAUUCGAAGAUCUCCAUCACACGAGCUCCGGGAUGGGAGGAUUGUAUGUACUGCGUCCCUCUUGGCCUGAUAGGAUAUGCCGCCAUCAACUUCGAAACAGAUCGACAUGGGAACGGCGUUCACCAGUGGGCCGUCGCUGCUUCCGAUCUGAGAGAAUUCUCCAAGCUAGCGAACGCCUCACAGGUCCUCUACGGCCCUUUGAUCUAUAUCACUAAGCUAUCCAUCCUACUCUUAUAUCUCCGACUUUUCGCGCCGUCAAAGCGCAACACCCCUUUUUGGCUCAUUCAAACCCUCAUCUGGAUGAAUUUCCUCUUCUACUUAGCCGACACCAUCGUCAAGAUCUGCGAAUGCAGACCGCGCGCCAAGAUCUGGGACCAAGACAUCCCCGGGCAGUGUAUCAACAUCAACAUCCCGAUUCUGAUCACGUCCAUCGUGAACGUUGUUUCCGACUUUCUCAUGCUCCUGCUUCCCAUUGUCUGUGUCUGGCGCUUACAGAUGACAUGGUGGAAGAAGAUGGGCCUUUCGGCUGUGUUUGCAGCCGGCAUCUUUGCUUGCAUCUGCAGCGUGAUGCGUCUCGUAGUCAGCGUCCGAAACCGCACCACGCGGGACAGAACGCACGACUGGUUUCCGGAGUUCCUAUGGACCACCGCCGAGAUCACCUCAGGGAUCGUCGCCAGUUGCCUGCCCGCGCUGCCAAGUUUCUUCAAACAUUCGUCCCAGAAAGCCAAGGCUUGGGUAUCGAGCAUCGGCACGGGAAGCGCUUCCACGCAGGUGAAGGGACCCCUUGCCGCCAUCGACCAAAGACCUGGACCGGGACCGGGGCCGGGACCUGCAAUGCGUACUAUUCCGCAGCGGCUCUGGAGAUCUGGACACGACUUCACAAGUACUACGGAGUCGACAGUAGAUGGCUACUGGGAGAUGAGGGAUGUUGGGGCUUAUCGGGGCAUAUGCUAUACCACGACGGAGGCCACUGCCAAUCGGAGUGUACCAGAGGCGAUCAAUGUGGAUGACCUUGAUCCGACAAGUGAGGAAGAUCAAAGGCCCAGAGCCGGGAUCUUGAAGAUCGUCGAGCAGCAACACCGUCGUCGCCAACCGCAGUCCAUAACCGUCGUGAUGGCUCAGGAACGCUCCGGAAUCGUGGUCGGCCUCAACAAGGGUCACAAGACCACCCCUCUUAACACCCCCAAGACCCGGGUCAGCCGUACCAAGGGCCAGUCUUCCCGCCGUACCGCUUUCGUUCGUGAGAUCGCCCGCGAGGUUGUCGGUCUUGCCCCCUAUGAGCGCCGCAUCAUCGAACUCCUGAGAAACACUCAGGACAAGCGCGCUCGUAAGCUCGCCAAGAAGAGGCUCGGUACCUUCGGCCGUGGCAAGAGAAAGGUUGAGGACAUGCAGCGGGUCAUCGCCGAGGCCCGUCGUGUUGGUGCUCACUAA